AUGCCGGCGGCGAUGACCGGCGGCAUGGGCAGCGGCCCUCGAUCCCUCGAUUGCCGAAGCUUCUGGAAGGCCGGCGCGUCCGAGGCCCCCUCCGCCCCCGCCCGCGAGUUCCACGAUGCGCUGGAGACGGGGGACUUCGACCGCGCGCGGGUGCACCCCAAGUUCCUCCACACCAACGCGACCUCCCACAAGUGGGCGUUCGGAGCUAUUGCUGAACUUCUUGACAAUGCGGUUGAUGAGAUUUCCAAUGGUGCCACGUAUGUGAAAGUGGAUAAAACCGUCAAUUCGAAAGACAAUACCCCGAUGCUAGUUUUCCAAGAUGAUGGAGGAGGAAUGGAUCCUGAAGGUGUGCGGAAAUGCAUGAGUCUAGGAUUCUCAACCAAGAAAUCAAAGACCACCAUUGGGCAGUAUGGAAAUGGUUUUAAGACCAGCACAAUGAGACUUGGUGCUGAUGCAGUUGUUUUUACUCGUGCAAUCCGUGGAAGUAAUGUUACCUUGAGUGUUGGUUUGCUCUCUUACACUUUCUUGAGGAAAACAGUGAAGGAUGACAUAGUUGUCCCCAUGCUCGAUUUUCAAGACCAAGAUGGCAACAUCGUACCUUUGGUGUAUGGUUCACAGGCUGAUUGGGACAGUAGCUUAAAGAUAAUGCUUGACUGGUCCCCUUUUUCUUCAAAGGAAGAACUGCUACAGCAGUUUGAGGAUAUUGAUAGCCAUGGCACUAAGGUGGUGAUAUACAAUCUCUGGAUGAAUGAUGAUGGCCUUUUAGAACUUGACUUCGACGAUGAUGAUGAGGACAUAUUACUUAGAGAUCAAGCUAAAGACAGUGGCGGAUUGACAAAGAUCCAAAAAGAAGUUAUUCAGCAACAUAUAUCCCACAGACUCAGAUUCUCAUUGCGCGCAUAUACUUCCAUCCUUUACCUUAAGAAGUAUGAGAAUUUCCAAAUUAUAUUAAGAGGAAAACCUGUUGAACAUAUAAGUGUUGCUAAUGAUCUGAAGUUCAAGAAAGUUGUUACUUACAAGCCUCAAGUCACACAUGAUUCUCAAGUGGUCUCAGUGAGGGUAGAUAUUGGAUUUGCAAAGGAGGCGCCAGUGCUGGGCAUUUUUGGGAUGAAUGUAUACCACAAAAAUCGAUUAAUAAUGCCCUAUUGGAAGGUUCUUCAGGAAGGAUCUAGUAGAGGGAGGAGUGUUGUAGGUGUACUUGAGGCAAAUUUUAUUGAGCCGGCGCAUGACAAACAAGAUUUCGAGAGGACUCCACUAUUCAUCCGGCUAGAGACAAAACUUAGGCAGAUUAUCAUUGAUUAUUGGAAAGAGAGGUGUCAUUUGGUAGGUUACCAGCCAGUGGAUCCACAAGUAAAGUCUCAGUACAAGGAUGGUCGUAAAGAUUCAGGUGGUCCUGGGCCUAAAGUUCAGCAGAAAUCAUCAACUGAUCAGAGGAUUGGAAGGCGGUCAUCAAAUUUGCUACCGGAAACAUAUGACGAUGCAGCAGCCAUGGGACUGACAGCUAAUGGUGCAGGUUUUGGUCGGCAAGUUUUUGGUCAAGCACAAGAGAAUAGUAUGAAUUCAGCAGGCUUGGAAGAGGAUCUAGUAGAAACUGGCUCUCAUGGUGUACUUGAUCCCAAUUUCAUUGAGAAGCUGAGUGAAGAGAACAUUUCUCUGUUCACAAGGCGCGAAGAACUUCGACAGCGAGAUACACAGUUGAAGCAGACAAUUGGGCAGUUGGAGCAUGAACUAGAGGAAACAAAAAGGAAAUGCUCUCAGCUUUCUACUGAGUUGCAGGCACGGAAGAGCCAGCAGCAGCUCCCUUACAUGCAAAGGUAGUAUCUCAUUAAGGGCAUGGAGCGGCAACCAAAGCUAACAAAGAAUUCAAGGUGUAAAGUGCUGACGUUGUUAAUAUUCUUGCUAGUACUAAGUAGGGAUCAGUUGUAGUUGAACUACUUGGAGGAACAUUACGACGUAAAAUUCCAGGUGUGCGUACCAGCAUGGUUGUGUGAUGUAUAUAUGUGCCACGAUACAGUCCAGGACGUCGUCUCCCCAUAUAUUUUGUGCUCGCCAUGGGAAUCCUGUGAACUCUUCUCA